AAAAGAAGAAAAUCCCUCGUUGGAAAAUGAAUUAUUAAUUAAAGAAGAGUAAAUUACAUUAAUAAUGGAAAUUUUUGAGAGAAAUGCCAAUCCAUCAUUUUUCUAAAGACAUGAAUAAUCAAUUUGAAAAGAUCACUGCGCUGAAAUGACAUCCCUUCUUUUCAUAAAAGAACGAGAGGGGGUAGAAUAACGUCAGAUCAGUGAAAUAUUCGCCACCUCGGAAGUUUCGCGGUUGUACCUUUUAAAAGCAACAUCAUCACCACUUUACGAGAGAAAAUUCAUCUCACUUUAUUUCGGAUUUUUCUUUUUAUCUCCUUUUUGGGUGAGAUAAAUUAAAAAGAAGUCUGAAAUGAAGAGAUUCGAAGCGAUCGCGUUUUUAAUGACCACUUAAGUGCACGGAAUGCAUUAAGUGAACGAGAGAUAAUGAUUACAGAACAGACUUGGACUAUGAUGUUGGACAGUGAAAUCACUGGGAUAAAUGAGUCGAAUAUUUCACCGAGAAAACAAUUAUGGAUUAAAGCAGUAAAAAAACUGACCUCUGAAAGAUUAGGAAGGGAAGGCUUGGCUGCUUGGCAAAGUCAGAAGGGGGAAACCACUGUUGCCGAAGACACUGAUAUGGAGGAAAUAGAUGAUAAAACGAAAGAAGAUGUCGACACUCCGAAAGAAGAGGAAGUUGUCAACUCGAAAACACAAGAGAAAGAUCUUGAAGCUCAAAUUCAACCAGAUGUCUUUAAGAAAGGAAUUCUCUACAAGGGCAUUUUUUGUCCCUCCCUCACCAACAGCUUUCACAAUAAACAAAUGGAAAAGUCAUUUCUUCAUUAUUCGAAUCGACAACGGCAGAAAUCUCUCAUAAUGCUCAACAUUGUCGAUCUUGGAUUGAAGAUAGCACUUUUGUCGAUAUGGUUGUGGCGAAAGAAGGACAACACCGAGGGUCUCGUCGAGUCUUUAUCUUGGACGGCCUGCUGUAUGGUAUCUAAUUUAAUAGUUUGUGCACUGGGAUGGUGGCGUUGUUUCCCCAACAAUUAUUUAUAUUGGGCUUCUAUUUUCACCUGGCUUCUCAUCAAUUCUCAAGGUUUUAUAGUAGCUGGACUAGACUUUUCAACCCAACAACGUUUAACUUGGUACAUUUUGCUGAUAGUCUACGCUCCUUACGCGAUGCUUCCACUUCCCUUGAGGUGGUGCGUUCUCGCCGGAUUCGGAACGGCGUUCACUCACAUUUUCAUGGCCAUGAUAACUCUAGCAACGGAUUCAAAAUUUAUAAAGUUUCAGGACUUGGUUUGCAUCGUGCGAAUGCUAUCGACAAAUGUUCUUCUCUACUUUGCAGUCAAUUUGGCAGGAAUGUAUACAAAAUAUUUGACUGACCGAGGACAACGUCAAGCAUUUUUGGAGACACAUCGGUCCAUGGAAACACGACAGAGAACACAAAAUGAGAAUAAUCGACAGGAAAAACUUCUCUUAUCUGUUCUACCGGAUUUCGUUGCCAAGGAAAUGAUACGGGACAUUGCAAGGGAAACAGCAAGAGGUGGAACGAUUUCAUUUACUCCGAAUCAAUUUCACAGAAUCUACAUUCAUCGAUAUGAAAAUGUUAGCAUUCUUUUCGCCGACAUAAAAGGAUUCACUGCUUUGGCGAGUCAUUGCAGUGCUCAGGAAUUAGUUAAAGUACUCAACGAUUUGUUCGCUCGUUUCGACAAAUUAUCGAAUGAAAACCACUGUUUGCGAAUAAAACUUUUGGGUGACUGUUAUUAUUGUGUCUCUGGUCUGCCAACUGCAAGAAGUGAUCAUGCUCAUUGCUGCGUUGAAAUGGGAUUGCACAUGAUCAAAGCAAUUCGAGACGUUAGAUAUACAACCCAGGUAGAUUUAAACAUGAGGAUAGGAAUUCACAGUGGAUCUGUUCUUUGCGGAGUUUUGGGUCUUCGAAAAUGGCAAUUCGAUGUCUGGUCUUACGACGUUACACUUGCCAAUCAUCUCGAAAGUGGCGGAAUUCCUGGGAGAGUUCACAUAUCGGCCGACACAUUGGAAUGUCUGGAUGGCGUCUACGAAGUUGAACCGGGUUAUGGAACUGAGCGCGAUAAUUAUUUAAAGGAUCGAGACGUCGACACUUAUUUGAUCAAGCAAGUUGAGCCACAACGAACGAGACGAAAAUAUUCUUCAAAGCCAAAAGUUUGGUCCGAAGAAGAUAAAGACAAACGGAGUUUCAAAAUUAAUAAUUCAACAUUGUCGGUUAAUAACCCUACCGGCAAUCCGCCACCAGUUGAAGAUGAUAUUGGCGUCGAUUGGACACCGGAGAUUCCAUUCGAAAAUUUGAAUAGCGCAACUUCAGUCAGCAAUCUAGAAUCGGAAUAUUUAGAAGAUGACAAUGAAAAUGCGAAAAUGGUUAAGUCCGCUUCCACUGACGGAAGUCAAAAAGGAACACGAACUAUUGGAAUUGAAUUUGCCAGCAAUAAACGAAUGAGGUCUGCUAAUAUCAAUACUUGGACGUUAAGGUACAAUGACGAAAGUUUAGAAUCAAAGUUCUGCCAAAUGAGAGAGGAAAUGUUCAAAUCAAACAUGAUUUGUUGCUUCGUCAUUUGGUUAUUUAUUGCUGUCUGUCAGGCCAUUAUUUUACCAAAUUGUGCUGUUCUUCUGAUCUCGUUAUUAAUGACAACAUUAAUAAUAAUUGCCUCAUCGAUUUUGGUAAUGGCCGAUGAAUUCAAAUCCUUACCAACAUUUUUAAAGCACUUGUCAUCAACUUUAGUUCAUAAUAGACAACGGCGUACGAUGUUUAUUUGUAGUUUGAUAAGUUUGAUGGCAUUCACGUCAGUUAUUAGUGUUGUUGCUUGUCCCGAUGGCCGAAGAAGUCACGUGGAAUUAUUAAAUCUCAAUGAGACGGUGAAGAAUUCCACACAACAAAGUGGCCUAGACAAGUUUAUAUUAAGCUUCCUUGAAACUGCCUUAAAUGAUGAUGCAUCAUCAGAAUUAUCCGAUAUCGAAAAUUCCAAAAAUUCUCUCACUUUUGGAUUUCUCAAUAAUGAAAAUCUAAUUCCACGUAGCUCAAACAGAAGAGACUAUUUCAGAUAUGAAAAAUUUCGAGCUACUGAACCAUUAAGACAUCAGAGAAAAUAUUUAAAAAAAUAUAAAACUGAAGAGUUGACGUUUCUACCGAUAAGAAAAAUUCUCUCCACCACUAAGGAUAAUAAUGAUAGUAAUUUUUUGCACGAUAAUUAUAAAGGAGAAAAUUGUAUUCGUCCUGAGUAUAUAGUCUUCACUUGGAUUUUAUGCCUGAUUGCAUUGGCUUCUUCACUGAAAUUAUAUUAUUUGGUGAAAACAGCUUUGGCGAGUGUUAUUGUAUUAAUAUACGCAGUUCUGAUUUUCAUCAUAUAUCCAGAUUUAUUUCCGGCUAGUUAUGAAGAAAACGACAGAACGGCGAUACCUCUGGCAGCACAAAUGCUCAUUUUUCUGAUCGUCUUUCUGGUAAUGGUGACUUAUCAUGGACGAUUGGUGGAAGUGACGUCUAGAUUGGAUUUCCUGUGGAAGCAACAGGCCGAAAGAGAACUUUCCGAUAUGAUUGAAUCAAAACACAAUAAUAUGCAACUUCUUAAAAAUAUUCUUCCCGAUCACGUGGCUAAUCAUUUCUUGACUCAGGAACAACGAGCACCGGAGGAAUUGUAUUCUCAGUCUCGUGAUAAAGUGGGAGUAAUGUUUGCGAGUGUACCGAAUUUCACAGAAUUUUAUUCGGAGGACGUGAACAAAGGAAUGGAAUGCAUUCGCUUGUUGAAUGAAAUUAUAGCCGAUUUCGAUGAAUUAUUGGACGAAAAUUGUUUUCACUGUAUAGAGAAAAUAAAAACUGUUGGCGCCACUUAUAUGGCAGCAUCGGGCUUAAAUCCGUGUCAUAAUGACAAGAAUAUGGACGAUAUGGAGCAUAUCUGUAGAUUGGUUGAUUAUGCGGUGGCAAUGAGAUCGCGUCUCGAAGACGUGAAUAUUCAUUCUUUCAAUAAUUUUGAUUUGAGAGUUGGAAUAAGUUGUGGUCCAUUAGUUGGCGGAGUUAUUGGUGCAAGGAAACCAGUAUUUGACAUUUGGGGAAAUACUGUCAAUGAGGCAUCACGUAUGGACUCAACAGGUGUUAUGGGAAAAAUUCAAGUACCCAGUGAAAUUGCCAGGUUUCUCGAGUCCAGAGGCUACAAAACGAAAAAACGUGGUUUAGUUGAAGUCAAAGGUAAAGGCAAAAUGGAGACGCAUUUUGUCCUCGGAAAAGGAACUCUUCAAGCCGGACCAUCAAGACAAAGAAGUACUUGUCGAAGUUUAGCUGCCGUCGUUUAUGGCGUGGUGCAGGCACGACGCAAACAAAUUGGCAGUAUCAGGUAACGUUGCGGAGUUUAAAAACUUUAAUUGUAAUGGUUCAUCCCUUCUGUGGUUUUCAAUAUUUGGUCCAAAUUUGAAGUAAUGUAGAAAAAGAUUUGUGUGGCGAAAUAUUUGAAAAAUCUCCAAUCAUAUAUCGGACUCACAGUGAAAUUGUAAGUUGCGUGAAUGUGCCUUACUUGUAGGCAAUUUGUAAUAUAUCCUAGUAUAUUUAAUAGUAAAAA